AGGGCCAGGCGCUGCUCAGUCUCUCCUGCCAGCUCCUGCCUGCCAGCGAGGACCUUCAGGGCAGCCCUGUACUGCACCCACCAUGUCCCAGGCUGGGGCUCAGGAAGCUCCCAUCAAGAAGAAGCGCCCUCCUGCGCAGGAGGAAGACCUGAAGGGGGCUCGAUGGAACCUGACCAAGAACCAGGAGAUCAAGUCCAAGACCUACCAGGUCAUGCGGGAGUGUGAGCAAGCCGGCUGCACUGCCCCCUCUGUGUUCAGCCGUGCCAGGACAGGCACCGAGACGGUCUUCGAGAAGCCCAAAGCCGGACCGCCCAAGAGUGUCUUUGGCUAAGAAGCAUAUACCAUUCCCCUGGCACCUGCCAACACUUAGACACAGGAGCCUUGCCCAAGAACUUUUUUUUAUGCCAGUAUGUACCUCUCACAUGCCACCUCUGGGACUGCCAUCCCCACAACCUAGGACUCCGCACCUGCACCUGGAAAAUGCCAAUAAAGAGGAUACCCAAAGUGGCCCAGAAUUUGGAGGGUGUUGGUUGGGCACCAACUGUGUUCACUUAAGUGUC